CCGACAUCACCACUCGCCCACGUAUCGCCGGCUUCGUACGCCCAGUAGCCUCCCAUCACCCCCAAGUGCUAUUCGCCAGCUAAUUGAACCGCACCAUGUCCUUUGUCCGCGCCGCGUCAAAGGUCAGCCGAGUGGGCGUGCGAGUCCCGGCCCACCGAGCAACCCCCGUUGCGUUGAACGCCCAGCGCACCUUCUCGCAGUCGGCUGUCCGAAAGAGCGACGCGCAUGCCGAGGAGACCUUUGAGGAAUUCACUGCCAGGUAUGAGAAGGAAUUCGAAAAGGUCAACGAUGUCUUCGAGCUCCAGCGAAACCUGAACAACUGCUUUGCCUACGAUCUCGUCCCCUCUCCCGCAGUCAUCACUGCCGCUCUCCGCGCCGCCAGGCGUGUCAACGACUUCCCCUCUGCUGUCCGAGUUUUUGAGGGUAUCAAGUUCAAGGUCGAGAACAAGGGUCAGUACGCCGAGUACCUCGAGGAGCUUGAGCCGAUACGUGAGGAGCUCGGUAUCCCCCUCAAGGAGACGCUGUAUCCCGAUGAGAAGUAGAUGGUUCCAGGCUGAUGUGCUCGCUAUCUGAUCAUCUCCACCUUGACAUCGAAUACCUCGGAGCGACCCAAUGUAAAUGCCACAUUUCAAUUCCUUAACUAGAUGAGAGACCAGAAGCGAGCGCAGCCUGUACAACUAUGUGAUGUAUUGCAAAUAUGAAUAGUAGUCAAUGUGUGCUGAGGCGGGUUACGGUCAUGGCGAAGCGUUAGCUAGACGCAGUAGGUAGACGGAAAGAGACUUCGAGUUCAA